GCUGAAUGCUGCCCUGGCGAAGACAGAGAUAGAGACAGAGAAGGAGGUGAGGAAUUCACCGUGUGCUGUAAUCCUUCGUACACAGCUCUUUUCUGGUAUGCCACUUUUUCGGCCGAUCAUUUUGGGAUGUUGCUAUUGUUUCCUGUUUCCUUCUUGUUUCAUGGCACUUAAUCAUUGUUGAAUGAUGCUGAUGACUGAUGUAUGGACUUGUAGUUGUUCAACGAAGAGCUACAGAGGUUUGGGGUACAAAAGGUUCUUCAUGCUCGCAAAACACGGCAUCGGGCAUGCCAGAGGUACUGGAAAUUAGUCGCCUCGAAGCGAGACAGGUUUCGACUGGUGGCAGACAAGGUCGAUCUGCUCGCUAGGCUAUCAUCGUACAUGAUGUAUGCGUGGCUCACCAUCUACGUGAAUCAAAACCCUCCGGCGAUUACUGAGUAUCCUUUGGCUGAAUGGAUCAUCGCCUGCUGGGGCUGCCUCUGUGUCCUCUGCUGCACGAUGCACAUGCUGAUCUUGAUGGUGGCGAAUCUGAUCCAUGUUGCCAUCAUGAAUCUCUCAGCAAAGGAGGACCUCGUUGAUGAAUUGCGGAAUGAUCGUGUCUACCAUCAUGAGAAGAAAGUGCUCGAGCCCUUCAGUCGUGCCUGUAUGACGGUGGCGGAGCUUGACAUGGUGUGGGAGGGUUUCUUCGACAAGUGGUAUUCAAGGUUGGUGUACAGCUUCUCUCUCAGCAUUCCUGUCUCGUUCUUGACCUUGGUGUUCCUUGCGCACGUCAAAUUCUACAUGUCAAUUGCAAGCUCGUGGAUUUCUACUGCAAUCGGCAUCGUUGGGGUCCUUGUGUGGGUUCGAUUUCAUUCGCCACUCGUUGCUUACCUGAUGGUCAAACAUCCAGCAAGCGUGAUAAUUGACGCUGAGACCCGUCUGAAGGAGCUGAAACAAUUCUUGGAUCCCACACAUGCGUAGGUUGACCUUGUACAUUAUGUGAUAUGAUUUACAGUAUAUCUGAAAUCUUUUG